GCAACCAGUAAUUGGGGUGCCAGUGGCUCGCUUCCCUGAACCAUUCCUCCAUCAAGCCAGUACCACUGCCACAACUUUUCAUAUAGGGGUGGAAAAUAAAAAGAAGCCGCCAAGAUGUCUGAAAAAAAGAUGACGUCAAGUCGGAGGCAUAACCUCAAGAGUUUGAUGCUUUCGAUAGCUAAGGCCCUGCUGGAGAAAGAGGCCAAACAGUCUAAGGUAGACAAGGAGACCUACAUGGCACAGAAUUGCCCUGAUCUUUCUUUGCCACACUCAGUGCAAGAACUGCAGGAUCUGUGCAAGAAGCUGCACCAGACCAUCGAUAAGGUUGAUGAGGAGAGAUAUGACUUGGACUCCAAAGUAAAGAAAGCAGACAAAGAGAUUGAGGAUCUUAAGAUUAAAGUGAUUGAUCUGAAAGGAAAGUUCAAGAAACCCACCCUUAGAAAGGUGCGCAUGUCUGCUGAUCAGAUGCUUCAGGCUCUGCUCGGCUCCAAACACAAGGUGUCUCUUGACCUGAGAGCCAACCUGAAACAAGUGAAGAAGGAGGUCAAGGAAGAGGCUGCAGAUGUCGGUGACUGGCGUAAGAACGUUGAGGACAAGGCUGGCAUGGAUGGCAGAAAGAAGAUGUUUGAGGGAGAGGCCUAAAUUUCUGGACAUUUCUUUGUUUACUUGCUCUGAAUACUCUUUACAGGGCAUAGUGUGUCACCUUUUUGCAAUAGUUGGAUUGUAUAUUCCAGUACUAAUGCCUGCUACUUACAUUUGAUUCAUGCAGCAUGUUAGUUCUGAAGGGGAAACGUAUGUUACUGCCAAAGCACUACCAUUAAAUGAGUAGGAAUGAGAAACCUAUACCCAU